GUUCCUUUUCACUGUCUGUGGACAUUAAAAAAGCGAGCGGCGGCUGGCGCCCGGGAGAGCGAGCGGCCGGGCGGCAGGCGGAGAGCAGCGACCGGGCGGCGGAGCGAGCGAGCAGCGCCGGCGCAGCGCGGUGACCCCAGCCCCGGUCGGCGCGGAGCAGAAGCCGGCGCAGAGCCCAUCUCGGCGCCCUCGCAGCUCCUCCCGGCCGGAGCCGGCCCUGCCCGGCAGCGGCGGCGGCGGCGGCGGCGGCAGCGGCGCGUCCUCCAGCGGCGGCAGCGGCGCUCGCAGCUCCGGGACCUGCAACAGCUCUGCUCGGUGAAGUCAGACUGCUGGGGCCGCCGCCUCCUUCCACUGUGAGCUCCUUUUCCUGACGCCCUUAGCAGCCUCUAGUCCCGGUGGUCGGCAGAGGCCUUAGCAGGACGAGGAGGAGGAGGCCCGUUGGCAUCAGACCAAUGCUGCGAGGGGUGUGAGGAUUAGAGCCGCCGUCCAUCACUCAGCUGCCAGACCUAGAAAGCAGGAUGGAGCUGGAGUAAGGCAGAGGGGCCGCCAGCUGCUGACCGGCACGUGGGACGCUGCUGAUUCGUGGGUCACUGAGGCUGGACAACGUUCAUGGCUCUCGGGUAGAACCCAGUGAAACGGCCAGAAUGAAUUCUAUGGACAGGCACAUCCAACAGACCAAUGACCGACUGCAGUGCAUCAAGCAGCACUUACAGAACCCUGCCAACUUCCACAAUGCUGCCACGGAGCUGCUGGACUGGUGCGGAGACCCGCGAGCCUUCCAGCGGCCCUUUGAGCAGAGCCUGAUGGGCUGUUUGACGGUGGUCAGUCGAGUGGCAGCUCAGCAAGGAUUCGACCUGGACCUCGGCUACAGACUGCUGGCUGUGUGUGCCGCAAACCGAGACAAGUUCACUCCGAAGUCUGCCGCCCUGCUGUCCUCCUGGUGCGAGGAGCUCGGCCGCCUGCUGCUGCUCCGACAUCAGAAGAGCCGCCAGAGCGACCCCCCUGGGAAACUCCCCAUGCAGCCUCCCCUCAACUCCAUGAGCUCCAUGAAACCCACUCUGUCGCACAGUGAUGGGUCAUUCCCCUAUGACUCUGUCCCUUGGCAGCAGAACACCAACCAGCCUCCCGGCUCCCUCUCCGUGGUCACCACGGUUUGGGGAGUGACCAACACAUCCCAGAGCCAGGUCCUCGGGAACCCUAUGGCCAAUGCCAACAACCCCAUGAAUCCAGGCGGCAACCCCAUGGCGUCGGGCAUGACUACCAGCAACCCCGGCCUCAACUCCCCACAAUUUGCUGGGCAGCAGCAGCAAUUCUCAGCCAAGGCCGGCCCCGCUCAGCCCUACAUCCCGCAGAGCAUGUACGGCCGGCCCAACUACCCUGGCAGCGGGGGCUUCGGGGCCAGUUACCCUGGGGGUCCUAAUGCCCCUGCUGGCAUGGGCAUCCCUCCGCACACCAGGCCGCCUGCUGACUUCACUCAGCCGGCAGCCGCUGCUGCAGCAGCUGCAGUAGCAGCAGCAGCGGCCACGGCCACGGCCACAGCUACGGCCACUGUGGCAGCCUUGCAAGAAACACAGAAUAAGGAUAUAAACCAGUAUGGACCGGUCUGUUCCUCUUUCCAGAUGGGUCCCACCCAGGCGUAUAACAGCCAAUUCAUGAACCAGCCCGGGCCUCGGGGGCCUGCCUCCAUGGGGGGCAGCAUGAACCCCGCAAGCAUGGCGGCUGGCAUGACGCCCUCGGGGAUGAGCGGCCCUCCCAUGGGUAUGAACCAACCCCGGCCACCCGGCAUCAGCCCCUUUGGCACACACGGGCAGCGGAUGCCCCAGCAGACCUACCCGGGCCCCCGGCCCCAGUCCCUUCCCAUUCAGAGCAUAAAGAGGCCAUACCCGGGAGAGCCCAACUACGGAAACCAGCAAUAUGGACCAAACAGCCAGUUCCCCACCCAGCCAGGCCAGUACCCCACCCCCAAUCCCCCACGGCCGCUCACCUCUCCCAGCUACCCCGGGCAGCGGAUGCCCAGCCAGCCGAGCACCGGGCAGUACCCGCCCCCCACAGUCAACAUGGGGCAGUAUUACAAGCCAGAGCAGUUUAAUGGACAAAAUAACACCUUCUCUGGAAGCAGCUACAGCAGCUACAGCCAAGGGAACGUCAAUAGGCCUCCCAGGCCGGUUCCUGUGGCAAAUUACCCCCACUCACCUGUUCCAGGGAACCCCACGCCCCCCAUGACCCCCGGGAGCAGCAUCCCCCCAUACCUGUCCCCCAGCCAAGACGUGAAACCACCCUUCCCACCUGACAUCAAGCCAAAUAUGAGCGCUCUGCCACCACCCCCAGCCAACCACAAUGACGAGCUGCGGCUCACGUUCCCCGUGCGGGACGGUGUGGUGCUGGAGCCCUUCCGCCUGGAGCACAACCUGGCCGUCAGCAACCACGUCUUUCACCUGAGGCCCACAGUCCACCAGACACUGAUGUGGAGGUCUGACCUGGAGCUGCAGUUCAAAUGCUACCAUCACGAGGACCGGCAGAUGAACACCAACUGGCCAGCCUCGGUGCAGGUUAGCGUGAAUGCCACGCCCCUCACCAUCGAGCGCGGCGACAACAAGACAUCCCACAAGCCCCUGCACCUCAAGCACGUGUGCCAGCCGGGCCGCAACACCAUCCAGAUCACCGUCACCGCCUGCUGCUGCUCCCACCUCUUCGUGCUGCAGCUGGUCCACCGGCCCUCCGUGCGCUCCGUGCUGCAAGGCCUCCUCAAGAAGCGGCUCCUGCCCGCAGAGCACUGUAUCACGAAAAUCAAGCGGAAUUUCAGCAGCGUGGCUGCCUCAUCAGGCAACACGACCCUCAAUGGGGAAGAUGGCGUGGAGCAGACAGCCAUCAAGGUGUCUCUGAAGUGCCCCAUCACAUUCCGGCGCAUCCAGCUGCCUGCUCGAGGCCACGAUUGCAAGCACGUCCAGUGCUUUGACUUGGAGUCGUACCUGCAGCUGAAUUGCGAGAGAGGGACCUGGAGGUGUCCUGUGUGCAAUAAAACUGCUCUGCUCGAGGGCCUGGAGGUAGAUCAGUACAUGUGGGGCAUCCUGAAUGCCAUCCAACACUCCGAGUUUGAAGAGGUCACCAUUGACCCCACAUGCAGCUGGCGGCCAGUGCCCAUCAAGUCGGACCUCCACAUUAAGGAUGACCCUGACGGCAUCCCAUCCAAGCGGUUCAAGACCAUGAGUCCCAGCCAGAUGAUCAUGCCCAAUGUCAUGGAGAUGAUCGCAGCCCUGGGCCCCGGCCCGUCCCCCUAUCCACUCCCGCCCCCUCCCGGGGGCACCAACUCCAACGACUACAGCAGCCAAGGCAACAGCUACCAGGGCCAUGGCAACUUUGACUUCCCCCACGGGAACCCCGGUGGGACGUCCAUGAACGACUUCAUGCACGGGCCCCCCCAGCUCUCCCACCCCCCGGACAUGCCCAACAACAUGGCCGCCCUUGAGAAGCCCCUCAGUCACCCCAUGCAGGAGACUAUGCCACACGCUGGCAGUUCUGACCAGCCCCAUCCCUCCAUGCAACAAGGUUUGCACGUCCCACACCCCAGCAGCCAGUCAGGGCCUCCAUUACAUCACAGUGGGGCUCCUCCUCCUUCCCAGCCUCCCCGGCAACCGCCACAGGCCGCUCCCGGCAACCAUCCACACAGUGACCUGACCUUUAACCCCUCCUCAGCCUUAGAGGGUCAGGCCGGAGCGCAGGGAGCGUCCGACAUGCCGGAGCCUUCGCUGGAUCUCCUUCCAGAACUCACAAACCCUGAUGAGCUCCUCUCGUACCUGGAUCCCCCCGACCUGCCGAGCAAUAGUAAUGAUGACCUCCUGUCUCUCUUUGAGAACAACUGAAGCCCACCCCUCCGUCGGGGCCACCCCUCCCCACGCGGCCUCUUUCCCCAUCUGCCCCACACACUUUCCCGCCGGGAGCCAGUGCCCUCGGACCGCCCCUGCUGCGGCCUUCAGAGCCUAGGGGCGGGAGGGCGCACUGUGAAGGCGGUGCAGGUCUGGAGCCCACGCCCAGAGCAGGCCCCAAAGAUGACCCUUGAGACAGGGCGCUGGCCCGGGGAGGGGGCACACACUGACGGCGGCUUCCAGAUGACCCUCCAGUGCCCCUCAGGUUCUUCCAGUUUCUAAACUGUAACCCGGCCUCCCUGCUUCCUGGCCCAGAGCCGCCUCCACGUGACUGUGAACCUGAGGGAGGGGCCCCCGUAUCCCAGCGGCCCCGAGCCUUGGAGGAGCAGCAGCGGUUGGUGGCAGUGAGAACGGCCUGCCCACCACCACUACCACCCACCACAGAAAAGCACAAACCUCUGGGAAAGAGAACUCUCAGGGGCCAAGGCUAUCGCUUUGACCCCAGACCUCUAAGCCAGGAUACCCUGUAAACACGCUCAGAGAGCAGAGAAAGAAAAGACAAGAGUCUCUGUUUGGGAGAGGGUGAGCCAUUCCUACUUGGGGACCGGUGGAAAAGGGAGUCAAGGCCUCCUCAGAGCCAGGAUGGCUCCACAACCUCUGACUCAGGCCAGGGCCCAGCCUUAGGGGGGCCAGAGAGAGAAAGAAUCCAGCUGAAAUUAUUGUGCCCUUAAUUGGGGAAGGGGGGAGUGCUGCCAGCCGGAUUUGGAGUCCAACAGAAAUGGCCAACUUACAACUUUGCUCCAAGCCACCCCCUGUUCUUAAAUGACAGCAUCUUAAAGCUGUGAAGUCAUCUGGGGGAAAGGAACACUGGACUUGGACAGCAAGCGACCCAGUUCUCUCCAUGCGUCCUGUUUCCUUCCUCUGCUCCCCCCUCGCCCACCUCUCCAAGACUGUUACAUGGGACACCCACUUCCCUCUGUCCCAGUGCCCCUGUGUCUACUCAAGACGGCAAGGUGAGUGGUGGAAAGGCAGGGGAUGCAGGGGCUCAGCAGCAGGAACCCCAGGCAUCACUCUCUCCGGCUCUGUCUGGUCUGGCCUGUCCCUGCGCUCGAAGCUGCCCCCGGCUCCAGCCCAGUCUCUCGCCGCCUGUGCCAGGAUGUGCCCUCGAGCAUCGCGUGGUAUUUCUGUGGCUGUCUCAGACCCCGCGCUUGGCUGCCAGCCUCUCCUUCCCUCCAUGUCCCUCUGGCCUCGAAAGCUCACCCCACACUCCUGCUCCAGCAGAAGCAGCCUCUGGUUUUCCCUCCACGCUUCGCUCCAUCCAGCUAACUGCUCACUCUCGGAGUCUCCCGGGUAGCUUCUUGUGAGUCCGUUUUGUUCCAGGCUCCCUUGUGCUCCCCGAGCCGCAUGGCCGGUGAUGCUGGGCCGUUGGGUCACUUGCGUCCCCUCUGUAAAUUCAUCGCGCCCCUCCCCUGCUGCUGCCCGAGGCCCUCACCUGCUCCCCCAUCCACUGUCUGUGUUCUCAGUCUCCGUCUCCCUCUCUGUUGGGGGUUGGGGGAACACCCCCAGCACUCCUCUGGAUGUGACCGGAACGUUGGCCCCAGCUGUUGACUUCCAGUCGCUGUACCAGACGGCCCGGCACAAGGUUUUCUGUAGGAAAGCUGCCAUCGUCCCGUCCCCACCCCUUUUCCUUUGUCCCGUUGUCAGAGGUUUUUUCAAACAGCGUGGUGUUCCGUAUACAAAUCAAUUAUUUUAAGAAUUGCUUUUGUAAAUAUCUUUGUGAAUAUUUUAGUAUUGUCUUUGAUAAUAUUCAACAUUUUCAUGACCUGGUUAUAGCCUUUGCUGGUGUUUUUAAAAUACCUUGACUCAACGACAAAGACCGAGUCCCUUUUUUAAGAAAAACAACAAACAAAAACAAAAAAUCAACCAGGGCCAUUUGUACAGAGGAAGGGACUAAGCAUGGGUGGCUGUACAGUGAGUUAGAAGACCAGGCCACCCGCCGUUUGGAGCCAUCCCCAGUUGGCUGGUGGGGACAAGAUGACGCCAGGUAGCAUGUGGCCGUCUCUGCCCAGUGGCCAGUAGCCCCAGCUGUGUCAGGCCAUCUGGGAAUGUUCUGCCCCAGACAGAUUUACAGAUGCCUUCCUUAGAAGUUCCCACUUCCUGCCGUGCAACUUUUUCUCAGGCAGGCCUGGGGUCUGUUCUGGUUGUUACCGGGGUAUCCCCCCCUCUGCUCACUUGACCUAUCCACAGCUUUCUAGCACAGAGGGUCGAUCUGUUCCCCACAGCCCAGGCUCCAGGCACCUGCCUCAGCCAUCUCUGAGGAAGCCAUGGGCUCGGCACCUGAGGCAGGUUUCCUGGGUCCCCUCCCAAGCGAGCCUCCACCAGCAAGUUCAGCAAAGAGCUUUCCAGAACCGUGGUGCCUGCAGCCCGCGCUCUGAGCGUGUACUCUUCCAGAGCGGUUUUGGAGCCAGGUCGGGGGGGAGGCAUCAAGGCGUCCGGGGCUGUAGCGAGCCCCAGUUGGUGACACAUUCAGGUGAUGACAGCCUCCCCAAGCAGGGGUGGUUCUGGACUCUGGGGAGAUGCUUCCCUGAUCCUUUCGGAUGACUACUUGGAGCCAUAAGUAACCUCAGCAAAAACAAUGCCUCAGCAAAGCCACUUCUCCAUGACAAGCAUCCACCCAGCCCAUAGGCAUGUUUCUGUCUCCACUCCACAGAAUGGACAGGGCACUGGCGGGCAGGUGGGAAGGCCCAAGUACAAGCAAUCACCCCCAUCUUCUUGGUUUGAAGCUUUACCCAUGUAUCAUGUUCCUGUAGCCAUUUUUAUUUUUUAAGAAACUUCUAAUACUUUCUCCGUAACGGAAGCCCUGAACCCCCAGAGAGCUACACGUCUGCUCCCUCGGCCUGACCCAUCCAGACAGGGCGACGUGGGCAGCAGCCACUCAAGGGACGUGUGUACAUAUGUAAAUGAGAAAUAGAGACAUGUUAACAGAUGCAUUCAUUUCCCUCGGAAUGUGUAUUGUUUUUAUUUUCCGGAACAAAACAAAACAAAACAAAAAGGCUUGGAACUCCAUCUUCACGUGGAAAAACUAGAUCCUGUCUGUUAGCGUCUGUGAGGUCUCUCCGCAUCUGUCUCACUCAUGUAAUAUACUCUGACUCUGUGUCGAAAGGAGUUUUUUUUGUUCCGUUUUGUUUUUAUUCUACCUACAUGUACUAUUUAGCUUCAGUGUACUAGUCCUGCCACCUGUGUAUUUUUAGGGUGCUAUGGAAAUAAUGCAAAGAAACGGGGAUUUCAGAAGAAAAUUGUAACCAAAUUCAUACUUUGUAUAAUUUUUGAUAUCAUGAUCGCAGGUGAUUUCACACGUACACACACAUGAACACACCCACCGUGCAGCCUGAAGUAACUCCCACUGCGACCGUCAUCGUCUCUGUACAUCUCUGUACAAUGCAAUCAUUUCAUACUUUAAAGUGGUCAGAAAACUAAUUGUGAUUUCUAGUCUUGCAAAGCUGUAUGUGGUUAGAUGAUGUGACAACCUCUAAUAUUUAUCUAAUAAAUAUGUAUUCGGAUGAAACCUGUA